UAGAACUCCCAAAUACAAUAAUAGAAGAAGAAAUUUAAUUUUUCGAUUUAUUAAAUCUUCUCCUUUGUGUGAUUUAUUAUUACAACAACAAAGCUUAUUACACCUCUCCUUAAAUUUGGAGUUUCAUACUGAUGGAUCACUUAUAGAUCUAAGUAAAGAAACAAUGAAAAUGGGCAUUGCUUAUAUUCAAACACAUCCAAGCUCUCCCCCAUUGGAAUUUGGAGCAUCAAUAAAAAAAAAUUGGCCUUCUGCAACAUGUGCUGAAAUGGCUGCUGUAACAGCUGCAUUAUUAAUUGCACCUAAAGACUCCAAGGUUACUAUUUGCACAGAUAGUAAAUCAACAAUAGAUCAAUUUAACAGAUCUUUUAAGGAGCAAUGCUAUACAUAUCCUUGUAGUAUAUUUAAAGAAAAAAAUCGCAUCUUUUGGUCAAUAUUACAUGAUGUUAUCAGAAUCAAUAAUAUUACAUUAUCAUUUAGAAAGAUAAAAGCACAUACCAGAAACAUAUAUAAUGAAAGAGUGGAUACUCUUGCUAAAGAUGCUUUAAAUCUCCCCAUUCUUUCCUUUAUCACUACAUCUUCUUAUAUUAAAUAUGAGCCAAAGUGGAAAAACAUAAUUAUUGAUACUCAUCUACGACAUUUUAUCAAACAUACCUCAUAUAAUAAAGGUUUUGCAAAAUGGUAUAACUUAUAUAGAAAUAGAAAAUAUCGAGAAUGCAACAUAGACUGGAGUAAUACUUUUUUUUCAUUGAAUAAUGAUGAAAUUUCUAAUGAAACAUCCUUUCACAAUUCCAAUCGCAAAGCUUCCAAAGUCAAAUUUAUGCUAGAAGAAAUUCCAACAUUAGAGCAUAUUAAAAAAAGAAGACUAGAUUUAUAUAAACAUUGGGAUUGUCUUCUCUGCCACAAUGAAAAAGAAGAUUUCAACCAUGUCUGGUCUUGUCCUCAAAACAGACAGAAAGUACAACAAAUCAAAAUUUCUUUAAAUAUUACUAAAAAAGAAAAGUUAAAAAAGAAAUACAACAAAAAUUCCACCAAUAAUUCCUCUAGUAGUCUCAAUAGAGAUACAAAUAACUUAUCAAAUGGUUCUGAGGGUUUAGAACAUGCAAUUACAUCAGGUGGCAUUCUUUUGGAUUAUUACAAUGGGUAA